CUUAUAGGUCUAAUACAGCUGUGAACGUAUCUAAACGUACUCUGCUUCAAAAUGAAUACUACAGCAGUUCCCACAACCACCGCUAGCUAUUUUCUGUCUUCAGACAGCCUGAAUGUCGUUCUUUCUUGUGUAUCUGGAUUCCUGUCAGCAAUCGGUACUCUGGUCAUAAUAAUAACGUAUUUCAUUUGGAAAGACAUUCAGACUUCUUCACGSCGUAUUCUCUUGUUCAUCUCCGUUGCUGAUUUUGUAGCCGCCAUUGGAAACAUUGUCGCACUUCUUUCGCCACCAAAUAAGACAGUCUGCCUUGUUCARAGCAUCAUCGGCACGUUCUUUAUUCUCUGUUCCUUCUUUUGGACCGUUUUCCUAGCUGUUUACUURUUUGUGGGGUGYACUCGCAAAAAGAUCGCCUUGGCUGAACGUCUAAUGAGCGUUUUUCAUAUUAUUGGUUGGGGAGUUCCUUGUAUUAUCGUCUGCACGGGAGCCUUUACGAAUAAAUUUGGUAAUAAUGGUGAUGUUGUCUCGUCUGGUUGGUGUUGGAUUAACACUCAUGAUUUAACAUGGAAGGAACAGGUUGAAUGGAUGCUAAUUGCAGGAAAAUUCUGGGAAGUGUYCGCUUUUGUUGUCAUCACCAUAUUGUAUAUUCUUAUAAAGAGAGGAAUGAGGCACGAUAUGAAGGUGAGCAAGUUUGAAAACCUGGAUUUAAGCUACAGAUCAAGCAGAGCUGCUCAGUCAGCAGAGAGAAAGCUCAUUCUUGUUCCUCUUUCAUUUGUGCUACUGCGAAUAUGGGGCACUGUUCGAUUUUUUAUUUAUGUUACACAUUACAGCAAAUCCAACAUCAAAUGGCUGAUUAUAAUGCAGGGUAUUGGAGACAAUGCACCAGGCUUUUUCAACUUUCUUAUCUUCUGCUUCUUUACUGAGAAAUUCCUGAGUAAAAUACGACUGGUUUUURGUAAGUGCUGUUACAAAUUCUGCCCUGGAAUGAUCGUAAAUAUGAGAUCAAAAAACAAAGAUUAUGAUGAUGUUGGUGCACCAAUCAACUCCAAUACCAGCCCCGACUACCAGACAUUUCAAAAAUCAAGCGAUGAACUCUGYCAAAGCUGUGCUACAAAUUGAAAUGUGAACGUUGUUCAUUUGAAAAAUAUCCAAUA